AUGCAUUUACUAAACAUUUUCGCAAUUCUCAUCCUGAUGAUCUGCUGUGGCAAUUUGGUAAAUGCCCAGCAGCCCGAUUGUCGGCAGUUGCGACUGCGAUGCGAUGCCUGCACCAGGCGAUUAAACGAUCCUGCCAAUAAUGUUCAAUUCAUGAACGAUGGUUGUCGCCAGAAGGUCGGUAACCGUUAUAGAUGGAUCAAUCAAACCCGCUGUGAUCUGCAGGUGAUUGCCUGCGGUGCUCAUACCAGAAAACUGGAUUGUGUCGUCAUUGCCGAAUUGGCUGGCAUGCCCCGACGUACUUGA